CAUUUUUCCAAAUUCGAAUCUGUUUAGCAUACUUUUGUACAAUCCUUGCAAUAAUGUAACAAAUGAGAGCAAUCGACUUACACUCCUUUAGCAGAGUUUACGCAUUUAUUAAAAAUCUUUCCUUUUUUUUCCCCCUCAAGAUUUUCCUCCUGGGCUAGGGUUUCUGAUUUCCCAUUUUCAUUUUCUCGUCGAGAGCUAUGGCGCCGUCGUCGUCAAAAUGCAAGAAACUCAGCGCCGGCGGGAGCUGGAGGUGCAACCUUCCGGCCCUUAUCGGCGAAACCCUGUGUGAGAAGCACCACACGUCGGAGAACAGUCGCCGGAGGGCAAAGCUGGAGGGGAAAAUUGAAAACCCAGAAAACUCCGGCGGCCGGAAGCGAAAGCACGGCGAGUAUGCCAAAGACUCUGUUUUUCAGGCCAAUGGAGCUCGCCGGGGCUCCAGGAGGAAGAGAAUUCGGCCGGAGGGCUCGGAAAAUGAUGGGGAAAACGAUGAGGUGUCGAUUAAUCAGAAGGGCUGGCCGGGAGGUCCGAAAAUCGAGGCAAAAAUCAGGUUUAUUGGAACAAAAGAUGAUUUGGUUGAGACAGAGAAGAGGGGAAGAGGAAGGCCGAAAGGCUCAACAAAUAAGAAGAAAACCGAGGCCCGAGCAGUUGAAACUGCGGCACGAUUUGUCAAAAUCGAAAGGAUCGAAAAACAAGACUCGAUUUUUGAGGUGGUCAGGGGACGUGGGAGGCCGAAAGGUUCCACCAAUAAGAAGGCGAAUGUUGAAAUAAUAGAAGUGAGUGAAGAUACAGAGGAAAUUGGUUUUGAGAAGGACGAUGCUUGUACGUUUGGAGCUGAGGUAAACGAGAGAAAUUAUAAGAGGUGUGAUGGUAAGAAGAAAAUGGGUAAAAGUAAUGUUAGAUUUGCUAUGAAGGAUGGGAUUGAGGUUGUUGGCGAACGUUUAGAGCGAAAGGCGGAUAAUGGGAAGCUCAAGAAGGAUUUUAUGGAAGUGUUGGAUGAGUAUAACGAGGAUAAUAUCAAUAGGCGUAAAGGGAGAUCGAAAACAAAGUACUUAAACGAGUCUCCUCGAGGUUUUGCAUGCAUGGAAGAGGAAGAAGUACGAAACGGUAGCGUGAAGAGGACAACUUUUUUGGCUUCGGGAUUGUUGGAUUCCACGAUUCAAAGGGAGCUGCGUGGGUUUACGUGCCACCAAUGCUCGAAGAGUAACAAAAAUAGUGUUAUCAUCUGCUCGAAUUGCAAACGAAAAUGUUACUGCUUUGAGUGCAUUACAAAGUGGUAUCCUCAUAGAAUGAAUGAAGAAGUUGAGAAAUUGUGCCCGUUUUGCUGUGGGAAUUGCAACUGCGAAGCUUGCCUUCAAGCAGAUGUGGUUUUGCCGGGCUGCUGCCAAAAAGAAGCCGAUGGGAACAUCAAACUGCAAAGAUCCCUUUAUUUGCUAUUCAACGUUCUUCCUCUACUUAAGCUUAUACAAUUCGAGCAAAAACUUGAGCUAGAUUUUGAGUUCAGAAUGCGAGGUGUUCUGAUGAAGGAAGAAGACAUUCCUGUUUCUGAAGAUGAUCAGAUAUAUUGCGAUAACUGCAAGACGUCGAUCGUCAAUUUCCAUAGAAGCUGCGAUGGUUGUUCCUAUGAUCGCAUUUUAGUUCCUAAUUAUAUCGAAGAAUUAAUUUCGACUGCUGAAAGAUUUACUCGUAAUUACCGCCUUCCGGAUAAAGACUUCUCUCAGAAAUGUACCGUUUGUGUCGACAAUGAAUUUUGCGAAGCGCGAAAAGCAGCAAACAGGCGAAAUAAUCGAGAUAACUUUUUGUACUGUCCUAAUGCUCUCGAUUUGCAAGCUGGCGCAUUGGAACAUUUUCAAAUGCACUGGAGAAAAGGCGAACCUGUAAUUGUUCGAGACUCGCUUUCGAAAGGUUCCGGUUUGAGUUGGGAGCCAAUGGUUAUGUUGAGGGCUUUUAGAAAUGCGAGAAAAGAGUUAAAUGAAGAAACUUUCUUCGUGGAUGCUAUCGAUUGCUUGGAUUGGUGGGAGGUGAACAUAUUGACCCACACAGCUGAGGUAAAAACACCAUCUUGGCAGAAAAAAGUGAUUCAAAAGUUGAGGAGUGAUGUUAAAGAAAAAGGUCCCGAUCAACAAAUGGCAAAAGAUAAAGAAAAAGGCGAAAGCUUUUUGUCGGAAAAUGCAUAUGGGGCUGCUGUUUGGGACAUUUUCCGGAGGAAAGAUGCGCCGAAAAUAACCGAAUAUUUGCUAAAGCAUCGGGAAGAAUUUCGUCAUCAUAACAAUUCUCGAGUGGGUAAUAAUGUUGUGCAUCCUAUACAUGACCAGGUGUUUUAUUUGGAUGAGAAGCACAAAAAACAAUUGAAGGAGGAAUUUGACGUUGAAGCUUGGACAUUUGAGCAACAUCUUGGUGAGGCUGUGUUCAUUCCUGCUGGUUGUCCUCAUCAAUUGAGAAAUAGAAUGUCGUGCACUAAAGUUGCAGUGGACUUUGUUUCUCCCGAUAACGUUCAAGAAUGCUUCCGAUUAACAAACGAGUUUCGUAAGCUUCAAGAUUCUCAUAGAUCAAAACAAGAUAUUCUUGAGGUGAAGAAGCUCGUUGUGUACGCUGCUCGUGCGGCAAUUAAUGAAGCCAGAAAUUCCAUGUUCAAGCUGAAGUGAGGUUUUUUUGUCCUGUAAUUGUCUGAACAAAUGAUGAUCAUUUAAAAUAGCAGUUUGUUAAUAUUUCUCCCAAAGCCAAAUUAGCCUUUGUGAGUUGUGACUGUUUAGUUUUCUAUUUAACAUUUGUACCAUCAUCUUCAUUUUCUUUUUCUUUUCGUAAUAACUGCAAUUGUUCUCCUUUUCCCAGGAAUACAUCUUAGUCUCAAUCCUGGGUUUCUUCAAACAUGGUUUUUGCAGAAAGCUCCAAGUGAAAAGUCCUAUUGUGAUAUAAUGUAAUAAUAUUACUUUCAGAGUGUUGGGAGAGUUAAAUUUCACUUUCAGACUCUCGUGUGCAUUUUGUGUAAACUGUAAAGCAUAUGGCAUUAUCACCCAAUGGGCUUACAUGGAUUUUUUUCACAAAAAAAUGC